AUAAAAAGUUGAGUCGUGGUAUAUCCAAGGCAACAGACAAUGUCAACAUUGUAUCAAAGGCUCGAUCUGAAUUUGCUCAGGAGAUCUGGGAGGCCAUCGACUCAAGCCGAACUCCAUUCUUUAUUGAAACUCCAAUCUUUACUUUCACAUUACCUGAUCUUAGUAUAUAUUCAGAUGAAUUUCGAAUGUUUCUGGAACGUGAUUUGAUAGAGACCUCAACACUAGUGUCAUUAGAAGGUGCUGGACGUCUUAACUGGUGGGCAAUGGUGGGAGCAGCACAAAGACUCUGGCCUUUGGCAACCACAGGAGAUGGUAACUGUUUGCUGCAUGCAGCUUCACUAGGAAUGUGGGGUUUUCAUGACCGCUUGCUGACACUACGCAAGGCUUUGCAUGAAUUUUUGACUCGCAGUCAUUUUUGCCGUCCAUUGUGGAGACGCUGGAGGUGGCAAGUCACACAGCAGAAUAGAGAAACUGGUCUUGUGUAUAGCAAAGAGGAAUGGGAAACAGAGUGGGCCAAUGUGCUGCGCCUGGCCUCCAGUGCACCUCGAGGAGGACAGGAAUCAGGACAAGAGGAAGGAAAUGAGGGUGGCCAGCGUAAAGAGAAAAUCCAGACCAAAAGCGACACUAAUUCAGAUAUCUCGGCUGCUAGCAAGAGACUUAGCAAUGGGUUUCUUACUAGUCAGGAUGAUGACUGCACUGGGAGAGUCUAUGAGAGCUUAGAAGAGAUUCAUGUUUUGGCUUUGGCUCAUGUAUUACGCCGUCCCAUUAUUGUUGUGGCUGACUUAACUCUCAAGGAUGUGAGCGGAGAACCGCUGGCUCCCAUUCCCUUUGGAGGUGUGUACCUGCCACUUGAGUGUCCACCCAGUGAAUGUCAGCGGUCCCCCUUACUCCUCACAUAUGAUGCUGGCCACUUCUCGGCUCUUGUUGUCAUGGAAACUCAACAGGAUUCAAGUGCUGCUCAGCUACCUGCUGUGAUUCCAGUGACAGACUGUUGUCAUGAUCUGCUUCCCAUCCAAUUUGUUAUUGACCCUGGAGAUGAUUUCCUUUGGGGAGAAGAUGAUCUGAAUCCUACAAUCAUUCAGAAACUGACCAUCACUAAUCAUGACAAAAUUGGGCUUCUUAAUGAGUACUUGGAUAUUGCACAGGUGCCAAUUCCACCUGACUACCUCGAGGCUUGCCAAGUGGUUGAUGAUGCAGAUUCACCAGAAAAUUACCAUCCAGAAAUAGAGAAGAAGUCAUCUGAAUCAAGUUUUGAUUCAGAUGAAGGUCCACCUUACUCUGAUGGGAUGGGUGGGAUUUUUGCAAGUAAGAGCAAGGCUUCAAAGCAACUGCAAACAGUUGCUAAGCAGUUUGGCAGCAUAGGUAAGUCAAUGUCCAAGAAAAUCAAGAAAAACUUUGGAACCCUAUCUAAGCUGGGUAGGGCAGGCUCUUUCAAGAAAAAGGAAGAGUAUGUGAAAACUUGCAGUCUUGCAAAAAACAAUCGCAUGUUGAAAAUAUCUACACAUCAGAAUUUUAUACUAGCAGCAAUGAUCCACACUGAAAAACGACAUGCUUAUCAGGAGGAGAUGGUCCGAAACUAUUUAAACACAGCACGGCGACGAUAUGAGAAAGAUACAGAGCUUCGUAAGCGUCAGGAAGAAGAACUCAAACAGUUGGAAUUGGAGCUAGAGCAUCAGGCUGUAAUGGAAGGCCCAGUUCAGUGUAUUAACCCAGGUUGUAAUAUGUAUGGCACUGCAGUGACAUCUUAUAUGUGUUCCUCAUGUUUCUCCAAGCAACGUGAGCAGGAACAGGAGUAUAAGCGACAGACAUCCUGUAAUCUCAAUUCCCCAAAGGCUCAGCAUUACAAGGUUGAUGGACCACAGUAUGGUGCUGGCAAGUCCAAGUUUUAUGCUGAGCUUGAUGCAGCAUCUGUCCUAAAUGCAACCAAAAUCCCAGUUGUACAAGCUCUUUCUACCAAGAAGGAUGGCACACUUUUCCUUUCUAAUUCAACUUUCUAUAGCGACACCUCUGUUAUUCCAAGCUGUAAUGUAACAAAGUCGCAAGCAAGUUCUGCCACCAAAUGUCAGCCCAUUAGCACAGAGUCUGAGGUGCAAAAUUCACAAAGCACUGACUCUACCCAAGGUCAUCCUUCUCCAUCAGUGCUGUCAACAACAAUGAUGAAUCAAGUUUCAGAUAAUUUCACACCAGUUGCUGUUGAUGAUGUUGCAGUUUGUAUAAGGGCAGAAAGUAGAGGGGAUAAUUCAUGCCAGCCAUGUUUGAUGCGUGAUUGCAAAUUUUAUGGUAGUUCAUCAACUGGAGGUUACUGUUCCAGGUGUUAUCAGGAACAUCACACAAUGGGAAUAGGUCCCAAAAGUGUUAUAGUCCAGCAGAUAAAGUCAGUUGAACUAUAGUUUAUAGAUAUUGUGAUGUUGAUUGAUAGGAAAUAAAAUGCCUGUAAUAUUUUAUUGAGUUCAAGUUUUUGGUGUUUUGACCCUCAUUCAUAGCUUAUGGGCAUUUUCUUUUUCUUUUUUUCAUCUAGUCGUAGUGCCAUAGUCAUUGUGAAAGAAAUUGGUAGUAUACUGAAUUUGAUAUGAAAUUUUAAGAAUAAAACCUAGUGCACUUAUCCUAACAAUAGUUGGAGAUAGAUGUGCCUUGAAUUUGAAGGGUUUUAAGAAAACUUUUUUUUUUGGAUAUUUCAGAUGUCAUAAAGGUUGUAUAGGAUAACGAAAUGAAAGAAUGUGUAUCCAUCACAUUAUUUUGACUUGUAAAAUAGGAUGAAGCUGUGUCUGUACUAGUGUGUAUAAUGAGUAACGGGAAGAGCUCAUGUGUUUUCGUAUUCACCUUUAAUAUUGUUAAUAUUCAUGAGGAACGCAUUGAUGAGUUUACCCUGCUUGUCAUUUGCAUAGGAAACAUGAAGGUUUUAGAUGGCAUUAAAUAUGUAUCCUCAUCAUAAAUAAGAAUUGUAUUUUUCUUGAGCAGUUUUCAUGACAUUAAUGUUAUCUUGAAAGCAUCUUGACGUUGGCCAUGCAAGAUGUUUAUUUCUUUGAAAUUUUCAGGAUUUAAAUCCAGUAAUCAUAUUGUACAGUUUGUUCCAUCGACAUACUUUUUGUUAUUCUGUGACAAAAUCAUAUAAAAAUCACCUUUUCUAUCUACUUUCAUGUUAUAUUUGAAGACAAGGGUGCUAAUGGCUUGUAAUUUUUCAGCCUCAUUGAUGCAACUUUGUGACCAACUACUGUUAGUUAAGGUGAUCUUGACCCUGAGAGACAUUGUAUUGGUAUUGCACAAUGUUAAAGUAUUGCUACAUGAAGUGGAAUUACUGUACAGUGGGCUUUCCAUAUAUGCACAUUUACACAGAAAUCAGAAAUUAAACAUACAAUAUAUGAAGUGUAAUUAUAAAAUGUAAUUAGUCUCUGUAUUCAGGUAGAAUACAUUUGGAUUAUUUGUUUGUUCACAGAUUCUGUCAAGAGGACCCAAACACAUAUCCAGUUAUGAUGUAGUCAUUUCUAAGAACAGCUUAUAUUGUAAAUUAUUAUUUUUUAUUUAUUUCUCAUUUUUUGAAAUAUAAUGCUGUAUAUAUAUCUAUAUCUUAUAUCUCAGAGGACAAAUGCAUUUUGCAGGCUUGCCAAAGGAGCUGUGAAACUUUGCCAAAUUGUAGUUUCGUAGUGGGAAGCAUAGCAUAUAAAGAGUGAUAUUUGGAUAAAACAGGGUAUAAUCCAUUUUUGUAUAAAUGCCAUACUGAUUUUUGCAGUUGUAAGAAAACUGGAUUUUACUGUAAUUUUUGUAAAUUGUACAGAAGAUUCCUCAGUUUGUAAGAUACAGAAAAAAUAGAGAUCACUUUGGAACAUUGGAGUGAAGAUGAGUUUAUAUAGAGAAGUAGAAUGUGCUUGAAUGAAUUACUAAGAAUUUUCGUUUCCUUUUUGGAUUGCCAACUGUUUUAGAAAUGAGCACAGAUUUUUCAUGUUAAUCACAUGCUAUGACUGUGCUAGUUAGGUUAUCUUAAUUAAAUUUUUUAAAAAUUGUAAUAAUUUUAUAAUUAUUUCCAGUGAGCUUUUAAUAAGAUCUAGGAGACAGUCUCAAUGAUAUAGUGCUAAGAGAUAUUUAAAUUGUUACUAUAGGUAUGAUUAAUUCAGAAAGUUAAUCUUGCCAUCUGCAUCUCCUGUCAAGUGUUCAUCUACAUCUUCUAUAAUCAUCCUCUUUUGCAGUAGUUUCCUUUCAGUCAUCAUGCUGUAAAAGUCAAUGGUAAUAGUUGUUCCAGUCCUUCUUUGGCACUAGCUCUUUAAGGCCUCUCUUGCUUAACAUCAUUUGAAUGCUGGCCUUGAGUUUUUAGUGUAUAAGAAGAAAUAUGUUAUAUUGCAAAGAAAGAAAUAUAUGUGUGGUUCCAUUAUCAUAUUUAGCCUCAAGUGUUAUCUUUGUCCUGUAAAGAGAAGAAUAUAGUAUAAUUGAUAUUAAUAAACAAACAUUAUCUACAAGCACUUAUAUGCAUCUGUAGCAGUUCCAGUAAGCCUGCAAGCACAGGAAAAGUAAUAUAUCAGAAACUGAUUUUUUUUUGUCAUUUUAUUACUUUUGAAUGUAAUGUUUCAAUAUUGUAGUUUUUUCAAUGAGUCAUUUAAAAUUCCUCAUGCUUAGAAGAUUCCAUUUUUGUGUUUCUAACACCUUGUAAGCAUUAUUCUGUCAUUUAGUCUUCUUGAAACAUUGCUGGCCUUAACUUCUAAAUGAACAGCACAGGAUUCAAAAUGAGAGAAAAAAGAAGAGCAAGUUAAGCCUUAUUAUUUAUGUAAAUGUGCAUAUAUGAACAUUAUUCAUGUAUUAAUCUUUUCUCAUUUUACUAUAUUAUUUUUGCUCAUUAAUUGCAUAGUGAUUAAGCUUUGGUGGGGAUUCCUCAAUGUCAAUGACCACCUUGAUUAAUGGUAUCUUUUAUGAAGAUUGAACAUGUAUAUUGUUACUGCAAAGUGAAUGUUAUCAGGAUUUGGAUAUCUAUUUUUUGUCAUAUAAGUUGUCUAAUUGUGGUUAUAUAUGAGAUUAUUUAUUUGCAUAUCAAGCUGUGCCCACAGGGUGAGUGUGUUCAUGGUUCUUUGGCAAUAUGGAUAUAUAUAUUGACCAUUAAAAAAGGUGGCUCACAAGAAAUACAUAUAUAUAUUUUCUUACUGUACUCUGCUGCCUCAAGUAUGAUAGUAUAUCUGUGCAGGCCUGUUGGUAGAUUAGAUACAUAAUGUAAUCUACAAAUUCAGUAGUGAGUCUUAAAAAUGGAUCAUUAAUACUUUUAAGCAAUAGGUAUGUUCUCUGUGUAUUACUAUUCUUCUCCACAUGCUUAAAUCUUUUCAUAGAGUGUAAAUUGAUUGCCCAAAGAAAACUUUCAUAUCCAUAAGAAUCUGCUGUUCAUUUAUCUUAUAUUAAGGAAGAAUUGUAAAUUAUUGCUGCACAUUUUUUGCCUGUAUAGCAGUAGCAAUUUUUUUUUUUCUGGUAUAGGUGUAAGGUUGGCCUUAUGCUUGGGUAAGCUGGUGUCCAAUAUUUUUCAUAUAUUAGUAACACCUGAUCUGAUUUUGAUGAAUAUUUGUAUAAACACAAGAUGCCUAGAAGGCAGAAGAAAUAUGAAUUAGGUUUAGCUCCUGAUAUAUCAGUGUAACCCUGUAACCGGUGGAGAAUACAGUUAUCAGUGCUUCUUCACAAUGCAGAUAUCAGUAAUGUUUUGCACAUGAUAUUGAAAGCCCAACUACUGUAAAGUUGUGCUCUGCGGUACUAUAUGUUCUUGGUGAUUAUCUCUCAUUUGUUAACAGUUGUGUGUAGAUUAGUUUUGAUAUCACAGGUAAACUGUAUUUUAAAAUACAGCUCUCUUCCAUUUGAGAAACUUGGUAAAUAUUUUUAAUAGAGGAAUGUGCAACUCAUUUUUGUACAAAAUAUUUAUUUUCAAUUGUAUAGCACGGAUUUCUGUCUUGUAUAUAACUACUUGCUUUGAACAAGUAACAUUUGUACAAAUACUUUAUGUUAGGAUGAUCAGUUGAGAACAUGAUAAUAGUUUUUAGUUAGUGGUAUAUCGUUUAUCAUUACAUAUGUAAAUUUAUAAAUAGUUUAUAAGGAAUUGGGAGGAUAGUAUUGAGACUGAAUCUUUAUGAAGAGAAAAGAGUCUCUGGCAUAGCUACCCAUAUGGUUCAUCAAGAAACAAAAGAACUGAAGUAAAUGAUACAUGUUUUUGUAAUACUUUCUUAGAAUUUAUGUAUUACUCUUGAUUGAUUUUCAGGUUCAUACUUUUUUUUCUUUUGUGAGUUUGGUUCCAAUAUCAUUUUCCUCUCCUCUCUCCCCUCUCCCCUCCUCUCUCCCUUCCUUUCUCCUCUCUUCUCUUUCUCUUUCUACUUCUACUUCU